GGAGGAGCCGCGUUGCAGUGCAGACCCGAGCGCGGAGGCUUCCGCCGCGAGCAGCCGCUCCUGGGAGCUCAUGGCUGGCGAACAGGCGACUUCUGGCCGCUGACCGCCGCGCGCUGGCCGAGGAAAGUUGGCACCUGGAAAGGCAGUCUGAACAGCAAAAGUGUUGAGCAGCAGAGAAGACGGCUGAACAAGCAGUUGGAAAGAUUUAAGAUAACCAGAUCACAGAACCAGACGCUCUACUGACCAUCCAUGUGACAUUGAUUCUCCUUCAUCGAAUUCAGAGAGGGGCCUCCUGUCUUCAUCAUCACAAGGCCGGGGCGGAGCAUCUCCUACGUGAGCUGUGGUGGCCACUCUUGCGGGAGGAGCUUCAUUUCACUAGAUUGCAGCUGACAAGCACUUCAAGCCUGUCUCCAAUUUGAGUGAGAAUCAAGACAGCCUGAUCCUAGAGCUGGAAUCUAGCCAAUCCACAUAAUACUCGGAUCUUCUGUAUUGUACCAUUCAAGCAACGUGAUCAAACAUUCCUUGGAAAUACAGCUGAAGAAGAACAAACUAUAUGAACUGUAAAUACUUACUUAGUUAAAAGAAAAAAGAGGUUUGGGUAUAGGUUUGAUAAGGUCUCACUUAGCAGUGACAAGAAUUGCCAGGCACUUAAAUUCUUGGUAAUAAUCUCAGUACACAAAUCUAAGUCAUGAAUGCUGAGUAUGUCUUAUGUAAUUGGAAUGACCAGUUAUGGCCUGCAAAGGUUUUGUCUGUAUCUGAGAUUACAUCAGAUAGUAAGAGAAAAAGGGUAUUUUCCCUUGAAGUCCAAAUUCUCUUACUGGGUGAAGUAAUUAGAGUGGAGAGCACUGAAACAAAGGUCCUAAAUAAAUCUCAGAUUGAAGCAAUUGUCUCCUCAGUGACAGAACAGUCAGAUAUGAGUGCAUUGCCUAGAGAGGAAACAACCUAUGAAAGGUCGCUAAAAGUGGCACUGAGUAUUCUGAAUGAGAAUCAGGAUUCGAUUCAAAUAAGCAGUUCAGAUGAAGAAGAGACCACUACAUUGUCUGGAAACAUACCACAACCACAUCUUAAAAUGUAUGAGAGCCAAGAAAGUGGAAAUUCACCAUCCCCCAUAGUAUCUUCAGAAAGUGAUAAUUCCCUGUGUGAUGACAAAAUACAGGUGCCCUCAACCUAUGAUACUAAUGCAAGUGUAAUGGAAAUGAAGUCAUCGCCAAACUUCAGUUGGUGCGAGACUGUCCCUUCACCCUCAGAAGAAGAUGAUGAUAAAAAGGAGAGUAAGAAAAAGAUUGACAUGUCAGCAGUCAUAUAUUUUUAUUCCACAAUGAAAGAGGAGGGUGAUUUGGUUAAAGAGGAAAAGUUGUAUCCAGCACCAUCAGAUAUAUUCACUGUGCCCAAAGUUUUGAAACAAGAGGCACAGAAUAUCCCUCCAGAGACCCUGGAUCUGUCCUACGAAUGUGCUGAUUUGCCUUUGCCUGAUAAUAUUGACGAUCCUGGAGAGGGUCCUUCAAAUGCAUGCUCUGUUAUUACCCGUUAUCAACCUGUAGCAGUGGUAUCAGAGCCAGAAAUUGAGGCACCCCCAGAACCUAGUUCAAAUGACUGCCAGCUUUCAGUAAGUGCCUCUACCAGUGACCUGGAUUAUUCACUCCCGCUGAAUAAUGAAAGAUAUUGGCAGGAAAUGGAUUUAGAGGAAGUAGGGGGAGAACUUCAAGCCUCUGACAAAUCAGGGCAUCAAAGUGCUCUUGAAGCUUCCAUCCUCAAUGAAAGUGAAGAAGAGGAAGAACUUCCACGCAUACUUCUUCAUUAUGAGCCACGUCCAUUUGAAGUAGGAAUGAUAGUCUGGUUUAAAUACCAAAAAUAUCCAUACUGGCCAGCAGUAAUAAAAAGCAUCAGGCGAAAGGAGAGAAAAGCAAGUUUACUCUUUGUUGAGGUAAACAUGAAUCCUGCAAACAGAGGCAUUAGGGUGUCUUUUAGAAGAUUAAAGAAAUACGAUUGUAAAGAGAAAAAAGAACUAGUAGAAAAGGCCAAGGAGGAAUACUAUGAAAGUAUUGAGUGGUGCCUGUCACUGAUUUGUGACUACAGAGUUAAACUAGGCUGCCGUUCUUUUUCAGGCUCUUUCUUUGAGUAUUACGCAGCUGACAUUAGCUAUCCACUUCGGAAAGGAACUGACCAGGCUGCUUUCAGACACAAAUUUCCAAAACUGCGUAAUGAAGAUGCCAAGGAACUAUUGGCUGUGAAACCCCCGGAAAAGAGAAAGAUUUUUCAGAAUAUUCUUCCUGACCGAAUGAAACCUGUUCGGGAUAGAGCCAAUCAAAACCUCCUCAACUUUAUUGUGAAUGAGAAAGGAGCAGAGAGCCAUCUUCUAAGUAUUUUGAAUGGCACAAAAGAAUCCAAGUGGCUGAAUGCAUUUUUGCAUGCAAACAGACUUUCCCGCUGUAUUGAGACAUACUUUGAAGAUGAAGAUCAGUUGGAUAAGGUGAUGAAAUACUUACAAGAAAUCUAUGAACAAAUAGAUGGAGAAAUGCCGAGUCUGAUAAAAGAUGAUAAAAUCAAAUUUAUCUUGGAAGUUCUUCUGCCAGAAGCAAUCAUUUGUUCGAUUGCUGCUGUUGAUGGCUUAGAUUACAAGCUAGCUGAAGCAAAGUAUCUAAAAGGACCAUCUCUAGGUUACAGGGAAAGAGAAUUAUAUGAUGCAAAAAUAUUAACUGGAAAGAGGCGGAGACCAGCAACCAAUGAAGGUCACUAAAUCUUUUGAGUCUCCAGCUAUAACAGGAAGAUAUAGCUUUCACAGAUAUUUUUAAAAAAUAGAAUAUCUGAAAAUUUCUUUCCAACAUAUAAGUACCAUAAAUGGAAGACUGUGGAUAGUGUUUUCACAUUUUUGAGAUCUCUAGGAUCUAUUUGCUACAUCUUCACUUCCUUUUUUGUGCUUCUUUAGUCAACUCAAUUAACAUUUCAGCUUUACCAGAAAUUUUUAGAAUGCAUAAUUGUUACAUGUUUUUUAAGGAAAGGUACUAUUUUUCUUUUGCAAAUUUCUGUGGCUAUGCUGUAUAAAUACAGCGUGCACAAUCAUUUUAAUAUUAAAGUUGCACUAGUAUUAGAUAUUAAGCAAGAUGAUUAGAAAAAUCUUAAAAGCUUCUAUUAUAUUUUUUGCUUAGUUUUAUAAAGUAAUUGGGUUUUCCUUUAAGAUAGUGAAAUUAUUUUUUCUGCCAUGCCUAUUUAUUUUUGGAAAAAUAUCUCUGAGAUAUAGAACCAAAGAUAGAGAUGCUUUGCUAUAUAUUAUAACUACUUGCAAUUGCUUUUUUAAGAAAACAAUCGGAAAUUCAAAAUUAAAGUAAGUGGUUUAUUUGAAGGCAGUCUCUAUUCACAUACAGGUAUAUGUGAAGAACAUUUUAGUGUGCAGAAAUUUUUUCUGAUGGCCUUGAACGGGAUUGUUGAUUCUACACUUUCCUGAAAUGACAUUUAUGUGAGUGCCUGUGACUAAAUGGUUGACAGGCUUUUUAAGCUUUCUUCAUAACUGUGGUUGCAUCCUCUUAAUGCAGCCAUCUGUCCACAUGGAUAAGGAAGCUAAAAUCACUGUAUUCACAGUCUGGCUACUCCAGAUGUAUGAGUCCAGACUGACUGCUUAAGAGCCCAUCUAGUUUGAUAUAAACUUAGAAAAUGCAAGCACUUUGUUCUGAGUCUUGUUUCCUCAGAUGUAUAGUCAUUUGUCUCAAAACAAGCAAUCUCUGUCAUCUGGCUUAUUUGUAGAAUAGUUUCAGUUGGUUCUAAUAAUAUUAGUGCCAACUGGUAAUUCAUUCCAAGCUACCAUAGAGAGUAGAUGAAUCCGGUGAUUUGAAAAUGUGCUGUCAAACAUUUCCAUUUAGCUAAAUAUGAUAGCUAUCUCAAUGUGUUUAAAAGUACACAAUUAGAAUUUGAAGUGUGAAGCCAAUGAUUUGCUUAUACUAACUUGAAACAAGAUUUUUGUGAAAAUAGAUGCUUAUAAAGCUACUUUAUUUAAAUACCUUGACGUAAAAUAAAUGUGAAAGACUUAACAUGAGUCUACAAUUUUACUUUCAGACUAAAACAACUGUCACUCAUCAGCUUUUGUAUUUCUGAUCAUAUUAUCACGUUUAUGUAAAAUUUUUAAAAGUUAGAUGUCAUGGUUUUCAAUAAAACCAUUUUAUAUUUCAUCUUGAAUGUUUAUUUCUUCAUAAUUUGGAUUACAGCUACAUAAGUGGUGUUUCUGUGGAUUGAUGUAUAUAUAUAUGUACUUAUACAUAUAUAUAGUUAAACCGUUUACUUAUUGUAGUUGUCACAUUUAAUAGCUGUUAUAAUUAUCUUUCUAAAUAAAUAUUAACUUCCAUCAUUGUUUUUCUACUUUAAAAGAAAGCUUUAAAAUAGUAUAAGCUUCAUAUUUUACAUAAUCUUCUCUUAAUUCUGCCUGAAAUUUUACUUUGAAAGUAAAGCAACUAUCACCCUUGGCUGUUUUUUUACGUACUCAAAUGAUCACAUGUUUAUGUAAAAUUUUCAAGUUGGAUGUUUUGGUUUUCAAUAAAACCAUUCUAUAUUUCA